CCGAAACACACGGUCCUGAAUGUUAUACUGCCAUUUUUUUUUUCAUCUUCUACGAAAAUAAAAGUCAAAUAGCAAGUGGUCUAUUCCAAGUGGUGAUUCCAGAGUGAAUGUGUACCUGUGCAUGACGGCAUUUUCAAAUUCUAUCGCGAACCGUUGAUACGAGUCUCGCGGUGCACGUUUUAACAGCAGUUUUAUUAAAUAUAUAUAUAUUUUUUUUGAAAAUAUCAACGAAUUUAUUUAGUUCAAAAUCUUUUUGAUUUUGAUAUUCAAAAAGGAUAAUUCAAUGGACUGAGUUUUAAGAAAGCGUUGAUCACUUAAAAUGAUUUUCAAUUACAAGGAAAAUUCGACGAUAUCGAUCGUAAGGAUGAUGCUGCUAUUGUCUGCCUUUGGUGCCAUAAUCACAUCUGUGCUUUCGUAUGAAGACUCUUAUUCAAAGGGUGGUGACGGAGGCUCACCAGACUUCUCACUAUCCAAUUUAGAUACUACCGGUGGUGGCCUUUCGCUCGAUUCACUUGGCGGCGGCGGCGGAGGAUAUGGAGGAGGUGGACAUGGUGGCGGCGGCGGUGGUGGUGGCUAUGAUUAUACGCCACAACAAAAUUUUGAACAACAUGAUCAUCAUGAGCAUCAUCCAGAACCGCCAAAAGGUCAUUGGGAGAAAAAAAUGAAAUGGAAAGAGGAAUGGGUCAAAGAAAUCAAAACGGUAAAAAAACAAUCGCACGAGACCAAAUGGAAAUCCGUAUCCGUUCCGGUGUGGCAAGAUGUUGAAAUUCCUGUGUGGAAAGAGAAACGAACACCAGAAGUCAAAAUAGUAAAGCAUCCAGUUUGGAAAGAACGGCUCGUACCCGCAUGGAAAGACGUGAAAGUGCCAAAAUGGAAAAAGGUCAACAAACCAAUCUGGGUCGAAGAGAAAAAGGCGGUAUGGCGUGAACAUAAAGUUGCUGAUUGGAAACAGAUUUGGGUGCCCGAUUGGGUUAAAAUGGGAAUUCCGGGUGAAAAAUUCUUAGGAAAAGAUAAAGAUGGUUGGGAAUACACCAGUCAUGAUUUAUGGCGCAAAAAAAUGAUUUGGAAACCGGAAUACAAAAAAGUUUGGAAAAUCGAAAAGAAACAAGAAUGGGUGCCGGAGAAAAAACUAAAAUGGAAAGAAGAAUGGGUCCAAGAAUGGCAAACGGAAAAACGUCAAAUUUGGCUAAAAGAGAAAAAAGAGUUCUGGGAAGAGAAAAAGAUUGAAAUCACAAAGGUUGAAAAGGUAAAGGUGUGGGCGCACGAGAAAAAGAAGGUCUGGAAGAACGAAUGGAAAUCAUAUGAGGUGCCGGUGUGGAAAGAGGUUCAUGUGCCUACUUGGAAAAAGAUUUGGAAGCCCGUGUGGGAAAAGGUAUGGGUACAAGACGAACAUCAUGAACAUCAUGAAAAUCACGGUUGGAAUUGAAUGUACAACAAAAUCGAAAACUACGGUGAUCAAUACGGGAAAAUACAAAAAAAAAACAAACACAAGAUUCUUCGUUUGUGAACGCGAAUACUCUAGCAUCUAGUUGAUUAGUUAUGUUUAAAUGGAAUAAUGUAAAUAUAAAUCGUUAGAUAAAUAGUGCACGACAAAAGGCAUGAUGGCAAACCAACGGCUUAAACAAAUUAAAACAAAAAUCAAAAAAUCAUCAACAAAUCAACAUUCUUAACGCCAUUUAACUGAAAAUACUGUGAACAUACAUAUAUUCAAUCGUCAUCAUUCAUUCAUUCACCCAGAAGAAAAAAAAACGAGGAGAAAAAACUAUUUCGUUUCCGAAAGAAAGCAAAAUUGAGAUUGAUGCUGUGCAUACGUGAGUCUCCGUAAAAGUUCAAAGUCAUCAAAUUAGUUUAAAAUUGUGUUUACGCAUCUUGAUUGAGCAUGACGAAAAGACAAACAACACGCAAAUACGUGAUUGCGCCACAUGAAAAUUAAUUCCAUUUUCGAGUAGCACCAAAAAACGGCCGCGAUCAAUAUCAAACAAUUAAUUUUAUUAACGAAUGAACAGGACACAUCACAAGUUUCGAUGCGAAAGGUACUAUUGUUACAAAAAAAAAACAACAAAAAAUUACAGCAUACGUACAUGCGUGUUCAAUCGCUUAUUUUCAUCGAAAAUAAAAAUAAACAAUUCAAAAAAACAGCGGCUAUUCGAGAGAUUGAACGUGUUUUUCGUUUUCUUACCUCUUUCUCUUUUGCUUCUCUUCCGAAAACAACAACGAAUUUCCAUGUAAAUUUCCCGCGUCUAAUCUCAUAAUGCGUUUUUGGUUGGCAUAUUGUUGUGUGUUUUUUUGUGUAUAGCUUUUUGUUAGGUGAGAUUUUAAGACUAAAUUUAUUAGUUCGCAUUUAACCAUUUCAGAUUGUAAUUGGCUUUUAAAAGAAAAAUUCCAAUAAAUAAUAACAAAUGUAAAUCAGCA